UUAAACCUCUGCUUUGAAGUUUCAAUAUCCUCUAAACCCUUUUCCACUGAGCUGUCUCCAGAGGCUGAGUAUUGAACUAACUUGACAAGAACUUCUCGGGUGAGUUUCAGACAGAGUCAUCAUCACUUCAUUUAGCGGGAGAAAGGAUGUGGUUAUAAAAGUUUGAGGGAGAACAUGGUUAUAAUUGAAUCGAUUUCCAAUAUUCCUUUGCAAGACCCACUUAAGGGGGAAUUCUGUUCUGCUGACUUGACUUGGACGAAGUUUGGCAACGCCGAGCACCAUGAUGAAGUUGCCCUUAUUCCUUACGAGCGAGUUGAUUCUUUUAUGACUGGUGAAUGCUCAAAUGUAGAAUGCCCGACGCAGUUUCAUCUUGAGAGAGCAAGAAGACGGUCAUUGGGCAGCUUGAAGGAGUACAAGGAUGAUGAGUAUCUGGAGUACAGGCUGUACUGGUGCUCCUUUGGUCCAGAAAAUUACGGGGAAGGUGGAGGUAUAUUACCUAGUAGAAGAUAUCGGCUUAAUACCCGCAAUCGUGCUGCUAGACCUCAAUCAAUGCGGGGUUGUACCUGUCACUUUGUUGUCAAACGUCUUUAUGCCCGUCCAUCACUUGCACUUAUCACAUACAAUGAGAGGCGCCAUGUUAACAAGUCAGGUUUUGUCUGUCAUGGGCCACUUGACGGCGAUGCCAUUGGACCAGGUGCCAUAAAAGUUCCAUAUAUAUGUAAUGAGAUUCAGCAGCAAACAAUGUCCAUGAUUUAUCUGGGCAUUCCUGAAGAAAAUAUCUUGGAGAAACACAUUGAAGGAAUUCAACGUUAUUGUGGUUCUAAUGCAAAAGUUAAUAACCUUGCCUCUCAGUAUGUCCACAAACUAGGUAUGAUUAUCAAAAGGUCCACCCAUGAGCUGGACCUUGAUGAUCAGGCCAGCAUUCGCAUGUGGAUUGAACGGAAUAAGAAGUCUGUAUUUUUUAACCAGGACACUUCAGAGUCUGACCCUUUUAUCUUGGGAAUCCAAACAGAAUGGCAGUUGCAGCAAAUGAUCCGGUUUGGUCACCAUAGUAUUGUUGCAGCUGACUCAACCUUUGGCAUUAAAAGACUUAAAUAUCCUUUGUUCACACUACUUGUUUUUGAUUCAAGACAUCAUGCACUGCCUGUUGCAUGGGUCAUUACACGUAGCUUCACGAAGGCUGACAUGUCAAAGUGGCUGAAAGCUUUGAUUGCUCGAGCUCGAAGUGUUGAACCUGGCUGGAAUGUCAGUGGACUUUUAAUUGAUGAUGCAGCUGCUGAUAUAGAUCUUUUGAGGGAUAUAUUUUGCUGUCCGAUCGUAUUUUCACUUUGGCGUGUUCGGAGAUCAUGGCUAAGAAAUAUUGUCAAGAAAUGCAGUAGCAUUGAGGUUCAGCGAGAGAUUUUCAAACGUCUUGGGACUAUAGCAUACGGCAUAUGGGGUGGAGAUAAUACAUCUGUCGCCCUGGAACAACUUGUCAUGGAUUUUGUUGAUCAAACUGCUUUCAUGGAAUAUUUCAAAACCUCUUGGGUGCCCAAGAUUGAAAUGUGGCUUUCAAUGAUGAGAACUCUUCCACUAGCGAGUCAAGAAGCUUCUGGUGCCGUAGAAGCUUAUCAUGUGAGACUGAAAGCCAAACUUUUUGAUGAUUCGCAUCUUGGAGCACUUCAAAGAGUGGAUUGGUCGGUGCACAAGUUAACAACUGAACUCCAUUCAAGCUACUGGCUUGAGCGAUAUGCUGAUGAAAGUGAUUCUUUCCUGAAUUUAAAGGGGGAAUAUAUUGCUUCCACAUCAUGGCAUCGAGCACUACAAAUUCCUGACUCUGCUGUUACCUUGGAUGACAAGGACCUCCUCUAUGCGAGAGUUGUGAGUCAGAAAGACAGCACUUCAAGAAAUUUGGUGUGGAAUCCUGGGUCAGAAUUUGCAUUUUGUGAUUGCUCUUGGUCACUGCAAGGCAACCUUUGCAAGCAUGUAAUCAAGGUAAACAUGAUUUGUGAAAAUAGUAAGGGCUCUCAGCCAUCCUUAUCUUUUCUAUCAUUUAAAGAGGUUUUGAUGGAUCUGUGGACAAAACCAAAGGAUGAUUCAGUUGCAUUGGAUCUGUCAAUUGCUUGGACUCACCAGAUGCUUGAUCAAAUCCAAAGACUUGUUAAACUGAAUAACUGUAAUGAUAUUGGUGCUGUAGUAAAAAGUAUGCCUUUGAAAUGGGUUUCAAAGAAAGGUAGAACCUACCAAGGCAAACGAUCAUCACCUUUGGCUCUUCCUUCUGGUGGCAAUAUUGCAAAAAUUGGUGUUACUCGCAGGAAGAGUCGAAAACGAAAAAGAUUGGCACGAAUAAGAUGACCACUUUGGUUGGACUAUAUUAAAUUUAUUCUGGGAUAACUCUGGCCGAUUAACUGGAUUUCAUCCUAUGAAUAUUUUGUAACUCUCAAAUAUCAGGCUUCCUAGCUACUGGACUGUCUUCAAGGCUGUAGGAUAUACCAGGAUGACUUCUUUUUCUCUGAUGAUUGAUAUUUGUUGCUUAUUCAGCACCUGAGCUCUCUUCCCCCUCAAAUUCUGUUCGUUCCCUCUCCCCGCACCCUCUCUAUCUCUAUCUUUCUCUCCCGUCUCCCUCUAUUUUUCAUCCAAGACAGUGUGAGUGUAGUUUUGCGUCAAUAAGUAUACAAGAAGAUGAUCAAUACUCAGAGAUACAAUGGAGAAAACAAAAGGAAAACUUCUUUAUAUUUGUGUGGAGCCAUCAGACUAGGAAAUCCUUUUCAGAUGAUCGCCGUGGAGCAGCUGUCAGGAUUUCUUGUACAUUGGAAGGCAUUCCUGACCAGCUGAUCAUCCUUACCAUUUCCAUACAUUUAAGUGCUAUUAUUUUUCUUUUGAUAGUUCAUAUCUUCCACUUUUCAAAUUUGGGGUCUUUUGAAGUACAAAGUUCCCUCAGAAGGAAAUAGUGUCAUUGAUUUAUACACGUGGAAUAUGUAUAUAGACUAAUUUUUUGCCUAGUUGAAAUAAAUUGAAAGAUUCAUGCCCUUUUUCUAUGUAA